AUGAGAUCCGUGCUGGGCGUAGCGAUCUUGGCCACGCUUGCGUCGGCGGAACCCAAUGUCAUGAACAAGGGUGGCAUUCCGUACCAGAUCAGUAAUCCUCCAGGGGCGACGAAAGACUGGAAGGGCACGCCGGGAAAUUACUCCGUAGACUUCAUGCAUAACGUGAAGGGCAAGGUGGAGUACUUCGACGUCUACGGUGAAGUUCGGACGAAGUAUUCGCAGGUCUACUGGACGCGCAAUGCACCAAUCAACCUGCCGAAGGAGUUGGUGGACCGAUUCAAUGGCAAGGUGAUGGCCAUCACAGGCUAUGAGGUCGACCAGGUCACUCACGAAGGACCUCAGACGGGAAGCACUACGACCGAGAGCAACCUCGGAGGGUUCUCUUGCUAUCCUGAAUGCUCUCAGGGUGACAGGUCCAUCCCAAGCUACCAUGCCUACAACCACCACUACUUCUCAUGGCUUGUCGGAAGCGAUGCUGAAGUCUAUGAUCGAAAGCACCCUGUGCACAUCCCGAACCCAACUUCGACUGGAGUCAGGGAUCUGCCGCAUGGCCACGAAUAUCCCACCAACAUCGUGUUCAAGGAGAACCCGGGUGGUGAGUUCCGGAAGAGCUACCAUGGCUACCCUGGAGGCUUCGCUCAGCUGAUCCACUCUCCAAAAACCUGGCUGGUUGAGCCCAUGCAGAUUGAUACCCACAAUCGCAAGUUCGGCAUCAACAGCCAGGAGGGCUACACGGAGUGGUUCCUCCCGAAGCGGAGCCAGGGAAAGGAGACGGACCGUCAGAACGGCCUGAGCCCACUCAUUGAGUGCCCUUGCACCGACCGCAUCACGCUGGAGACGGUGAGUACUCCAACGAUGCAGUCUCAGGGCACCUGUCAUGACCCCGUUGCCAACGCUUCGUCAUGCUUUGCUGAGGUCCAGAACAUUAUCCAUGUGAACCGGUCCUCCACUAUCGAUGACGCGAAGCAGCCGUGGGGCUGCCUUUUGAAGCCCACCGGAGAUCACUACGAGGCCAUCUUCAACAAAGCGCAGUCUACGAAGACCUGUGAGUCGACGCAGCCGAUGGAGUUGGCUGGGCAGGCGCAGCUGGGGCAGCUCACCAACCUAACGCUCCACACCAACAGCAGCAACGUGACCAUUACCAUCUCGGGUCCCGAUGCCUACUGGUUUGGUGUUGGCUUCAAUGCUCAAGCCAUGAGCGCUCUGCCCUAUGCCGUGAUCGUGGAAGCCGGUGGCCGCGUCUCCGAACGCAAGCUCGAGAACCAUGGACCCGGAAAGCAGCUGAAGGCGUCCGUCACCCUGCUGUCCUCCACAGUCUCAUCAAGCAUCCGUACCGUCACCCUGACUCGAUCGCUGCAGGGCCUUGACACGGAUCAUUACACCUUCCCCAGCUCGCCUGGACAGAUAGAUGUUAUUACUGCUGUGGGCAGCACGCCCACCUUGUCUUACCACAAGGCGCACACCGGCGGCAAAAUCAUGCUUUUGCCCCAGAAGGAAGCAGCCUGCGUCUGUCAGCCUACGCAGACUCACUUCCUCAACUACAUGAACAAAGAUCGAAGUGAGUUUGAAGGGUAUGCGUGUGCAGAUGAGCCACGCUCAGACAUGCUCAAGCAUGGCGAUGGCACCGGCCGCAAUGUUUCCAAUGCUGCCUGCCACCCACAGACAUACCAUGGUGGACUCCAAUGUUGCAAGAACCAAUAUUUCUUGACUGACCUGGAGCAGGACCAUCUCAUUCCGAAUGAGACAGACAUCUAUUUCCUGAAGUGGCGGUACUACUUCCAGGAGUACCUUCCUGCAUCGAGCAAAGCAGCCGCUUCACACAAGCAUUUGCACCACUGGGUAUUCCUCAUCGACGAGCAAAUCAAUGACUACGAAGAGGAUAGCGUCCAAUAUGGAACAGAGAGUGUGGGUCGCAUCACAGCUCACGUGACGGGCAAAGAAAUGGGCCUGGAAGACGUGCCCGUUGCCUACACUACCAUUACACCCUUGGUCAUGACGCCGCAUUGCCACGCGCCUAGCUGCCUUCGGGAGGAGUUGUGGAACGCGGACACAGGGGAGAUCAUUUGCAAUGUCACUGCCCGCUACGGGAGCACAGAGUACGGCUCCGUGAACAAUGUCUUCAACGAGGCGAACUACAUUGCGCUGCCACCAUGCAUUUUCGGCUACCAGCCAGGCCUCCAGAAGCCUUUUACACUAACACCCAGCACGAGGCUUACUGCAAUCAAGUACUUCAACAAUACCUUCAGGCACCUCGGGCAGAUGGCGCAGUGGGUGGGGCUUAUGGUUUACGACUCCGACCCCAUCGCGGAGGAUUACGUGCACGUUUGA